GUUGGAAUCUGAGGAGUUUGCGGCCAGGGAGAGAACGAGGAUGUGAUAAUGCAGCUUGCUGAGCAGAACUGGAAAAUGCACGGGGUAAAAAAAGGGAGAUUUGAUUAGUGGCACACGGGUGUUUAUGUGUCUACAUGAUCAUCCCACUUACAGAGCAGCAGAUGUGGAAGAACUCCCUGGAAGUCAGUGGAUUUCUUCUGCAUCUGAUCUGCAGGUAAACAGAAUCUGGCCUUUAGCUUGAAGGAUGCAUUGGAGUAGCACUGGAAGUAGCUAUCAUAGGGAGAAAAUCCUAACUAAAGUGAAUAAGGCAGCAAAGUGAUGUGAUUCUUUCUCAGGGAAUUAUCAAUUACCAUCCGUCUGGUGCAUGUUAAUUACAGUGUGUGUGGUGGACUGGUACAGCAAUAUGUAACUGAAGCAGCAUGUUGGAUUUUUCUAUUUCAUCUGUUGGAGUCAAAAAAAAACCAAAAACAAAUAGAUUUGUACUUGCUGUUAUUUGGGUACACACCCCCUCACUCCUCUGCCCAGCCUAUGAUGCAGCACUGGUCAGGUACAGCAGGGAAAUGCUUCCGUGGCUAAUCCAAGGGAAUGUUUGAUUACUGGAGGUUCAUGAUAGCACAGAGGCAAACUCCUGAAAGUGCUCCUGGUGUAGCUGCAGAGAAAGAACGUGUUAUACAAGCAUCUCUCUCUGGCUAAUGCCAAACAGCCUGGAGCUGGCUUGGAAGAAGUUGUCCUGUAGGAUGGAGAUCUUGAUGUGAAGACCUCAAAAUAUCAGCAGAGCCUGUGCUUCAGUCCUAAUCUCAGUGUUAAUGAGCAAAACUUGUCCAAAAUUAGGAGAGAAGAUGGCCAUCAACUGGAAGGUCUGCUUCUUCAGCCUCGUAUUGCUUCCUGUGGUUGCAGCAACCCAUUCCAACUGCAUCAUUAAAAAGGAGCAAGAGACUUGUCUGGAGAAGAUCCGGAGGGCGACGGCCCUGAACCCUCUCAAUGACUCUUCCCCGGGUUGCCCAGGAAUGUGGGACAAUAUCACAUGCUGGAAACCUGCAAGUGUGGGGGAAAUUGUCUUUGUCAAGUGUCCUGCACUCUUCAGAUUUAUCAUCUCUGAAGAUGGUUGGGAAGUGGAUAAUUUGGGGCAAACCCAUGCAGGUGAUUAUGACCUGCUGGAAAGCACAGCCCAGUCUCUCCUAGGGGACAUCAGCAGGAAUUGCACUGAAGAUGGCUGGUCUGAACCUUUCCCUCAUUACUACGAUGCCUGCGGCUUCGAUGAGAAUGAAACAGAAUCUGAUAAUCAGGAUUACUACUAUCUCUCAGUGAAGGCUCUGUACACCGUGGGAUACAGCACUUCCCUGGUUUCCCUCACCACUGCCAUGGUCAUCCUGUGUCGCUUCAGGAAGCUUCACUGCACUCGGAAUUUCAUCCACAUGAACCUUUUUGUUUCAUUCAUCCUCCGUGCAAUAUCUGUGUUCAUCAAGGACGGGGUUCUUUAUGCUGAGCAGGAUGGGAACCACUGUUUCAUCUCCACGGUGGAAUGCAAAGCAGUGAUGGUGUUUUUUCACUACUGUGUCAUGUCCAACUACUUCUGGCUGUUCAUCGAGGGGUUGUACCUCUUCACUUUGUUGGUGGAGACCUUCUUCCCAGAGAGGAGAUAUUUCUACUGGUACACAAUCAUUGGCUGGGGUACCCCAACAAUUUGUGUCACUGUCUGGGCAGUGCUGAGGCUCCACUUCGAUGACACUGGCUGCUGGGACAUGAAUGACAACACUGCCUUGUGGUGGGUGAUCAAGGGUCCCGUGGUUGGGUCAAUCAUGAUAAACUUUGUGCUUUUUAUUGGCAUAAUUGUGAUACUUGUGCAGAAACUCCAGUCACCUGACAUCGGGGGCAAUGAAUCCAGCAUUUACUUCACCCUCCCUCUUCCUCCCAGAUGCAGCUGCAGUCCCUGCCCAGGACACUUGCGCAGCUGCGUUCAGAAAUGCUACUGUAAGCCUAAGAGGGCUAACCAGCACUCUUGCAAGAUGUCAGAACUAUCAACCAUUACCCUGAGACUGGCUCGCUCCACCCUGCUGCUGAUCCCUUUGUUUGGAAUUCACUACACGGUGUUUGCCUUUUCUCCUGAGAAUGUCAGUAAGAGGGAGAGGCUGGUGUUUGAAUUGGGACUGGGAUCCUUCCAGGGUUUUGUUGUUGCUGUUCUCUACUGCUUCUUGAAUGGGGAGUUUCUCCCUAAAGGUGCAAUCAGAAAUAAAGAGAAAAUGGAGGAGCUGGAAAGUCAACCGGUAUUUUGCUGUGGAUUUCAAACAUCGCCAUCCUUCUCUAGCGAGCAGCGGAGUGAACGGGGGGACACAACUCUCCAUUCUGAGCAAGAGCAGCUCUCAGAUUCGGAUGUCCAGCAUAAAUGCAGAGAACCUGGCGACAUGAGCAGCUGAGGAGAGCAAAGCAACCACAAGCAAACCAAAAACCAUCCCUUGAAAAAGAAAAAAAAAUGAAAUAAUAGUUUUGGUGGUGGUGCAGGUCUCGCUUCCUUUCCUUUCCUUUCCUUUCCUUUCCUUUCCUUUCCUUUCCUUUCCUUUCCUUUCCUUUCCUUUCCUUUCCUUUCCUUUCCUUUCCUUUCCUUUCCUUUCCUUUCCUUUC